AUGGCAAGUGCUACUUCGUUAAACACAUUUUCAAGCGGAAAUAACAAAUAUCAAAGGAUUUCAAGGAUUUUCGAUAAAGUAGUCGAACCUGAUAAAACAGUGCAUGAAGAUCGAGUCUGCGUCUCUGAUAAUAUAAAUGAUUAUGGUAGCACAGACGAUGUUAACCGGAAAAGUAAUCCAAAUGCAUACCCUGGACGCUACGUUAUCGCCAAUCCAAAUAAUGCGGAACAAAAAAUGACACUUCCGCGUACUUUUACCCCAUCACCAAGUGUUUCGGGACGAUCAUCACCAGCAUGUCAUCCAAUACCUCCUCAUUCACGUAUCGCUAAUAUACGUCGAGAAAGUAAUAACUCGAUUGAAAAUGAACUCGCUCAUGAAAGGCUAAUGCAAUUUGCCCAACAGGUAUCGGUAAAAUUCAAUGAGUUCAGUAUUGGAAGUACUAGAGAACGGAAAAGAACACAUUCGCUUUCAGAACCCAUUUCUGUUUUAACAAAUGCUUUUAUUCCACACAGUUGUUCGCCAUCACCGACUCGUUCAGUUGAUUUACAAAAGCAGUACUAUUCCCCUUCAACGCAACAAGUUGUUCGUAAUAUCGCUUAUUCUCCGAGUCCAAGCCCUACGCCUAGUCCAACAAGACAUACAUUGCGAAGUAUUAGUCCAAUAGCCGUUCGUCAGGUCACGAAACGUCGAUAUCAUAGUUCAAGUGGUUGUGAAUUAAAUCCUGAUCAGUGUACAACCGGUGCAACAUCAGCUAAACGGGCAUACCAGCAAUCUGCUGUUUCAUCUCGUGGUUGCGUUUCUCCUCUUGCUUCAGAAAAUGUAUCAAGUAUUUCAGAGUCAGCCACUAAAUCUGGAGAACUGUCAAAUGCGUUUCCUUUGCGCUUCUCACGUCGUCUUUUGGUAGAUCCAGCAAUUAGCGUGAAAUUGUCUUCCGAAUCGUCAAUGGAAACAGACGAUGAUAGUGAUUCGCUUAGGGAACAAAAGACAAACAUAGUAUCAUCUGAGGUGCAAUGGAGGAAGCACAUUGGUCUUUCAGGAUUAAUUAAUGAAGGUGAUUUUGGUGGUGAGAAAUUGAUCACCUUUCUUUGUGAAGUGGUUUUUCAUUUUGCUUAUAUUUAUUCACUUUAA